AAGUAGGAAAAAGUUUUGGGUUUACGUGCAAAAUGUUUUAUUAUGUGAAUGUGUGAUUGAAAAUGAGUAUAAAAGUUAAAGAGUUUUGUUUUAAAGGGAGACAGACAGAGACGUAUUUUGAUUCGAUUAGUCCCUCUGUCAGUUUAAAAUUCAAAGGCUUAUAGGCUUUUAUCAGCGACCAAAUGCUUUUGGAACCUAUGGUUUAAGACUAUCCAUAGUAUCAUUAGGUUAUAAGUUCCUUUUGCAUGGUUAAGGUGCUGAUGCUGUUGAAUUCAUCAUUUGCCAUGCUGAAGUCACAAUUGCUUAUGUAGAGGAGAAAAAUUUUCCUGAGGUACACUUGUUUAACGUUAAAAAUGUAAUCUUUUUACAGGGUUGUUAUAAAAUUUCUCAUGAACUUUGGAAUUGGUGGCUAUAUACAGAAUCUGUUGAAAACUUUUCUAAACACAACAAAGUUCUUGAAAACAAUUGUACUUGUGAGCUUUGGUAAAUUUACUUCUCAACAGAGGGAAGAAGUGGAAAAGUUUGGUGCGGUUAUGUAUUCUUGGGACGAAUUUUUGUUAUUGGUAGGGCGGAUCUGGCACCAGGCGAGGGGGCACAGCUGCACGUGCUGGCUCCGCUGGAUUAGCCAUUGCCGCCGGGUGUUGCAGUUGCAGUCGGAAGAGGGAAAGAAGUCGAGGAAGAUGAAAUGCCUGGGUUGGCCAUCUAGGUUUUAAUUUUCUUUUUGUUUCUGGGCUUAUUUGAGCUGAUAACAAUUGACAUGGCAAGUCCAUUGAUUUCAGGCUGUUAUUAUUACUUUCAUGUUUGGGUUGGAAUGUUUUUUAAGCUUAAAAACAAACUUUUUUAACAAGA